GUUCGGUAGAGGACGCGCGCUUUCGCGGUUACAAAACUUUUUAAACGGACUUGUGUUUUUAGUGCUAGUGUUUACAAGAUUACCAAAAAAACAUAGACAUUAAAAAAUAAACUACCAACAAUGCCAAGUGCGAUAGUAAGUCAUCGGCAUAACGCCGACAAAACCAAAGACACUCAACGCCAAUGUGACGAAAUUAUGUGACGGAUAUAGCAUGUAAGACUGGACAAUUUAAUGGUACCAAUAAAUAGUAUACGAUAUCGUGUGGACGAUGCAUUUAUCGAGUGAAGUGACUUCGACGACAAAUGGAUUGGGUCACGAGGCACCGUCCUCAAGCUACGGCGGUAGUCUGCCGAGUCAGCCGCUAACAGCUGAGCUGUUGGCAGAGCGGACACUUGAAGGUCUGUUAGCUGAUCACCCCGGAGAGCUCGUGAAGACUGGCAGUCCCCAUGUUGUCUGUACCGUCCUACCACCUCACUGGCGAUCAAAUAAGACUCUACCGGUGGCGUUCAAAGUGGUGGCUCUAGGCGAUGUGGGGGACGGUACCAUGGUGACGGUACGAGCCGGCAAUGACGAGAACUGCUCAGCAGAACUCCGGAACUGUACAGCAGUAAUGAAGAAUCAAGUUGCAAAGUUCAAUGACUUAAGAUUUGUCGGACGCAGUGGUAGAGGUAAAUCGUUCACACUCACCAUAAUGCUGGCGACGUCUCCUCCUCAAGUCGCCACCUACCAAAAGGCAAUAAAAGUGACAGUGGAUGGACCACGGGAACCAAGAUCGAAGACUCGACAUCAUGGCUUCCAUCCCUUCCACUUUGGACCAAGAUUUGCGCCAGACCCACUGAUGGGAUCACUACCCUUCAAGUUGUCUGGUAUAGCCCACCAGUUAGCAGGUAUACCCGGGGGCGAGUGGGGGGCGCUCGCUCGUCACUACCCCCCGCCCCUCCUGCCCUCGCACGCACACUUCGCACCACACGUGCUGCCUCCAGGACACGGGCAACCUCAACAUCCGGUACAUCCACAGGCACACGAGACAGAUGCAUCAGACAAUACAACAACAAUGCACGCGCACAGCACAACCAGUCCAACGACUUCCAGGCCAGAAUCUCCUCAAGACGAUGACGAUAUCUCAGUCACAGCUUCAUCCAGCCCUCCACCGGACGACCGACCGGGAGCAUUCACAUCAGUCAGAUCAAGGAAACCCCUGCAGCCACUGCCUCCCCCAUCAACCCUCUUCCAUAGCGCAUUAGCUGCUCAGCUGUUCCUCAACCCACUUCUUCCCUCACCCCCAGCCUGGUUAUAUUCGCAACUAUACAGCGGUUAUGACUGGUGGCUGAGACCUCCGCAGCCUCAAGAAGACGCAAACUCAAGCCCAGAUAGAGAAGAUACUGGAUCUACAAGUUCGGCGAAGAAACGGGCAGCAUCCCCUGACUGGGCAGAUCACAGCAUUAGGACUCGCAGUAAAGCACUGAUAUCUUCUGAGCGAAGACCAGUAGAUGUUUGGCGACCAUAUUAAUUAAGUGGAAGUUCAGAAAGGACAUUAUCAAUGUCAUUGAUUGAGUUGAUACGAAUUCUGUCAGUAGGUGUUAGAUAAAUGUGAAUUUCAAAUCGCGGUGUUAAAUAUAUUUGUUGAUUGUAUUA